CCGUGAUCGACACAAGAAGGCAGACGUCACACCAUCAUGCUUGGCCGCUUCUUUACCAAGAAGGACGAGCCGAAGAGUUCUCGCCCGCCGCAUGCAGUGGGUCCACCACAGCCGCGUCCUGUCGCCACGGAAGACUCGAGCGGCGGAGGCGGCUUCUUCAACCUACCCCCUCCCGCCUCGGGGAAUCCAACAUCAUCGUUGCACCAACCCGGUGGGUUUACCAACCCCAACAACGUUUCGUACAACCAUUCGCCAGCGAAAGUGCCAACGUUGGGAGGAGGCAGUCAACCUCCGCCGCCUGCAUCUGGCGGCCUCAAUCCGAAUAACCCGUACCAACGACCCCACACUUCGGCGCCGCCUUCCCUUUUUGGAGGCAUGAGCGUCAAGUCGUCAUCGAACGACCCACCCGUCGCUAUUCCUGGUGCCAUACAACCUGUCCAUCCUGAUGCGAAGCCCUUGAGUCUCUUUGGCGGGUUAGAGCUAGGAGGUUCGGCCGCUGCCACGUCAUCGGCGGCUGUCAACAACACCCCGUCCUCGAAUCCUUCGCCGUUGAGUUUGUCGGCGCUGAAUCUUCCCACGGCGACCCCGAUUCCCACAGCAGACGCUCCAGUCAAGCGAUCGCAGCGCGGAUCGUCGGGCUUCAACUACUUGGACGUUGCGCCACCCGACGCUUCCACCACGUCGGCGGCGCCCACUGCUGUUUCAUUAUCGUCCACAGCUGUUCCAGUGGUCAAGAAGAAGAAGAAACCCACGUUCCGCCCUGGCUUUGGCCGACAACUCUCGGACGAAAGCGCGGCGGCACUUCAACGCGGCGAUCUAAAGGACGAAGACAUUGUCCAAGACGUCCCAUCCACGUCCCCCCCCAUCACCCCCACGCCCCCCUCGACCAAAUCGACGUCUUCCUCGUCAUCCUCCUCGAUCCUCGGCGGACUCAAGCUCCACACCCCUGCCACCGACAAGCCAAUACCCACACUCGGACGCAAAGGAUCUUCCACUUUGAGCGCCGCCCUUCCCGCCGAAGACUUGAGCAGCUUGCUGGCAAACAUGACCAUUCGCAACUUUGCGACCAACACAGCCACAACCAUUCCAUCGUUGGUCAAGGCACAUUCCCAGCGCGCUUCCAUGAGUCCGCGCGGCAGUCCCAGCAGUCCCCGCGCGUCGCUGCCUUCAUUUGCCCUGCAUGCUUCUUCUUCGUCGGCCGCUAAUACCUCAUCCCCCGCCCUCCCCCCGUCGACGUCUGCGGAAGACCGCGUCGCGGCGCUCGCCCGAGACUUCGACGUGGCCGCGACGUCGUUCCGCAACGGACUGGCGCAGCUCAAGGGCGAAGCGUCGCACAUUGUCGAGCGGCGGACGAUGCUGGCCAAGCAGAUUGCGCAGUUCAACUUGGACUUGCAUGAGGUGGAGGCGUCGCAGGUGCAGGCGGCCGAGGACGAAGACUUUGAGCGGGCGGACGCGCUCAACGCGACGAUUGAAAAACUGCGACACUGUUUGAUGCUAUCGCAGAGCGAUCUGCGCAAGUGUGAGCAAGACAGCGUGGGCGUGACCAAGCAGACCGAGAAGCUCGUGCUCCAGCACGUGCGGAGUGCCAAGGGAACGUGGAACAACCUGUCCAAGCUGGACGACGAGCGUACGGCCGCAUUGGCGACGCUCAAAGCCCAAGCCAAAGCGUUCAAAACCACGGAACGCCGCCGAUUUGCGUUUGAAAAGCAGCGCGUGGCCACCGAAUUGCAUCACGUGACUGUCAAUAUGGACCACUUGGACAGCGAAAAGGCCGAGAUCGAGGCGGCUAUUGCUAGCCAGUGCACGGACGAGUACGCCGCGCGCGAGCAUCUUGUGACCGAGCAGGCGGCGGUGGCGGCCGACAUCGCCGCGUUGGAAGCCAAGUUGGCCGCGUGUCGAGCGCACAUGGCAGAGCUGGACGCGGGCCUCGCCAAGGCGGACGAAGGGAUCCAACUUGUGCGGCAAAAGUUUAGCCGGCAACUCAAGCGACUGGUCGAGCGCGAGAAGAGCAUCCUCAAGACGAGAAAGGAGGUGGAAGCGGACGAAGCCGCCAUGCACCGCGCGCAGGAAGGGUUUGAAGCUGCCAAAGCCGACUUUGCCGGCCAGUUGGCGGCGCUCGCCGGCCAGGCCGCCAGUGUCCGGCGGGACCUGCGGGUCGCGGCGAUCGUGGUGCGGGUGGCCGAGGAACAGAACUCGACGCGCCAAGCCAAGGAAGACCGCGUCAAGCGCAUGGAGUCGCAGCUCGCGAGUCUGCGGGACCAAGUGCAAGAAGCAGAGAAGCAGUGGGCCCUCGUCAAGCACCAGCAUGCCGACCUGAGCGCCAAGUUGACGGGGUUUCGCACGCUGAUUAUGACGGCGGGCACGACACUGCCGCUGCUGGAAGCCGACAAGAAGCAGGCGGCGGCCGACCGCAACUUCAAAGAGGCGGCGCGGCUGUCCAAGGACAUCAAGCAGCUCGAGAAGGACCGCGCGGGCGCCGACGAGCAGAUCGAAGUGCUGGGUAUGGAGAUCCACGACGUGGACGCGCUGAUUGUCGACAAAGAAGCGGCGUUCACGGCCGCGACGGCGGCGUUCCAAGGUGCGGAGAAAGAGCUCGAGCUCGAGGCGCUGCAGGGGCUGUACGAUGUACACCACGAUCUGCGCGUGGUGCUGCGGCAGCUCACGUCGGAAGACCCGUCUCGUGCCAAGACGGACGCGGCGGAGGUCGUUGCGCCGUCGUUGCUUCGACCGAUUGCGUUGGCGCUGGUCCAAAGUGAGUUUGAUCAUGUGGUGGCUGAGAUUGAAGUGCUCGAAGACAAGUACUUGUUGGAGCCAUAUGUCAAGCCCUUGGAACCCCCCGACGAGGUGGACGAUGCGAGUGGGUUGGUCACUACUGGAUGGAGCGACAGUGACGAUGACGACAUGGAGGAUGACAAGGAGGGACCUGGUCCGUCGGCCGAGUCGGCGCCGCCAAAAGCGGCCAGACUGGUGGACGUGGGAGCUGGACGGUCGGGAAGUGCCGCGGUGCACAUGACGCCGGCGGCAUUGGCGGCCAAGAUCGCCGACGUGGAGGGGCAGAUUCAAGUGGCGACGGACGAAGAAGACUACGAACUGGCGGCGCAGCUGGACGAGCAGCUGGAGACGUGGGUGGCACGGCUCGCGGCGCUCGAAGCAGAGCAGGCGCAGGCGCCGAGUGAAGUCGACUUGCGCGCGGAACUCGAGGAGCUGCAGCAUGCGAUCGAGGCGCUGGCGGGCCAGAUUGAACAUGCGACGGACGAGGAAGAGUACGAGAUCGCCGCGCAUUUGGACGAGGAUCUGGUCGCGGCGCAGACGCGCAAGACGGAGAUCCAGCUGCAAUUGGCGGCGAUGGAAGGCCCCGUCGACGACGACGACGACGGCAGCACGCAUCAUGUGUUGCACGACGACGCGAGCGAUGGCGACCAUGAGAAAGAAGAUGAAGAGGACUUGGAGGAGCAAGGGCCGGCGGACGAAGCAUCGCCCGUGGACGAGACGGACGAGAACACGGUGCCCGAGGAGGACGUGGAGAGCUCCAGUGAACAUGCUGCUGCCGAAGUUUCUGCCGAAGUUGCUGCAGAAGUUACCGACGUUUCUGUGGAGAGCUCCAGUGAACAUGCUGCUGCCGAAGUUGCUGCAGAAGUUGCCGAAGUUUCUGAUGUUUCGAUGGGGCCUGUGAUUUCGCUGUUUGCAGGGCUACACACUGUCGAGACGAGUCCGACGACCGAGUCGGAAGGACGAGGUCUGGGCGGGAGUUUGUUUGAGGGGCUGGCGGAACCAGCGCCGGCGGCACUUGCCCCAACGUCUACCACGUCAUCAUCGUUGUUUGGCGGGUUGUCCGUGGCCGAAACAGCAGCAGUAGCAGCAGCAGUAGCACUUCCAGAACAGGAGGACGAUGUGGUUGAACAAGUGGAAGACGAGGUCCAAGUAGAUGAAGGUCCAGAGGAAGUUGCCGCCAACGCCGCCGAUGAAGACGAGGAGGCGACCCUUCCGGUGAAAGAAGAAAGCGACGACGAUGCAAAGGAUGGGUCGGACGACGAAUAUGACGAAGGAGUCCUCGUGGACGACGAGCCUGUGGAAGAGAUGGAAGGUGACAUUGAAGUAGAUGACGAGGAUGGACAUGACGGUGCUGCGGUCGAAGGGCCGUCAGUUCCUACUGCUGCUGCUGCGGAUUCUGCGGUUGAGGUGGACGUAUCGCCGCCGACGUCGUCGUUGUUCGGAGGACUUUCGCUUGGGACUCCAGUGGUUGUCGACUCGGACCAAGACGAGCCGUCGUCGGGUGCACCCACGACCACCUCCACAGCCAGUCUGUUUGGAGGGCUGUCGCUGCAACCCACGGCACCCGUGUCCUUUGUGACACUGGACAAUGCGCUGGAAGGCCCUCGAUCCCCGACGGCGUUUGGGUCGCUGUUUGGUGGAUUAUCCUUCUCAGCUCCUCCUCCAUCAUCGUCCGACUCUGUGCCGGCAGCCAUCGCCGUCGGCGCAAGUUCAUCGUUGUUUGGUGGAUUAUCGCUCGCGAGUGGUCACACUGCGCAUGACGUGCCAGCGGACGAAGCUCCCGUCCAGGCCUUGGAUGCGCCCGUCGACUCGACGGCCGCCGCCGCCGUCGUGGAAUAACUGAUUAGAAUUUGUUGGAUUUUUUGUCGCCGCGUUUGUAUGAUUUCGAUUGGCUGAUAGUUUUCAGCAUUUUAGCCAAUCAACAGCGUUAAAACAGCCGCCAUUGACUGGACAUGCAACGAAUAUUCGGC